AAAAUAUCUUGAACCAUCUGUGCUGAAAUUGAAGAUUUUUAAAUUCUAACAAGUGAAGUCAUGUCGCGCGAGUCAGAAGACGAAACCGAUUUAUUGGAAAAUGUCGCAGAAGUCAUCGAAGGACUUACGAAAGAAUUGCAAGAAUUGUACCAAUUCAGGGACAUGUUUUUCGAAAAUCAUCCCAUUGAAAUGGCAACCGAAAAGAAUAAGUUAGUCGAGGAGAAAAAAAGUGUUUUGGUCGAAAAGUUUGAGAGUAUUGAUGUGGACACACAGAUACCAUUUUCUCUGCGUGCUCAGUUCCUAUACAUGAAAGGCCGCUGCUACAAUAUAAGUCCAACAUAUGACUCCCGUUCAACGCAGUGUCUCAGCAAAGCAGUGAAACUAAAUCCGCACUUGGUUGACGCCUGGAAUGAACUUGGAGAAUGUUACUGGAAGAAUAUGAACGUAAAAGAUGCUAAAGCCAGCUUCGAGGGUGCUUUAAAACAUGAACGCAACCGUCUUGCCUUACGCUGUCUGUCAAUAAUACUUCGUCAAGAAAGUGGUGAAAGGAAGCUAAAAGAAGCCACAGCAGCUAUACUCAAGAGUGUAGAAUUGGCUAAAGAAGCAGUAGCUCAAGACAUAAAAGAUGGCGUUUCAUGGUCUGUGCUUGGAAAUGCGUACCUGUGCCAAUUCUUCAUGGUUUCUCAAGAUCCAGCUGUUCUUAAGUCCUGUAUGAGUGCGUACAAACAGGCUUGGAUGGAUCCUAUUGCUAAAGGGCAGCCAGAUCUUUAUUAUAAUAAAGGAAUUGCGUUGAAGUACGAAGAGCAAUAUGCCGAAGCGUUAGAGAACUUCGAAUACGCGUGCCGCCUGGACCCGCCAUGGGGCCCGCCGAAGCAAGAGUUAGCUCGCCUCUCGCAGUACCUCACCAGCGCUGAUGAGUUGGUGCGAACUAGAGGAAAGCUGAAGGGGAAGAAAAUACAGCAGAUGGUGCAGUCCAUAGACAAGAAGAUGCUCGGUCCAUACACUCCUGGCACUUUCCACACAUUCGGAGCGCGGAAAUCGGUGACGCUAGACGUGACGCCGAUCGACUCGCUGCAGGAGGGAGCCAACGAGGGCAAAGUACUGUUGGCCAGGGUCAUCGGCUCCAUACACAGCGAGAGCGCCGUGCCCUUCACAUUCGCUGUGGUGGACGAGAGCAUGCAAUGCGCGUGCGUGACGGUGUACAACUGGGCCGACGGGCGCGGCGCCAUCAUCGGCGACUGCGUGUGCAUCCCCGAGCCGCGGCUCAGCGUGCACCAGCGGGACUCGCCGGACUUGAAAUACGACUUCAAAUCGAUACGCGUGAACAACCCUAUGCAGAUCCUUCUCAACGGGAAGCGAGUGGGCCGCAACCAGUUUGCUUGUACCAAGGUCACCAGCACCUACGAGAUACACUGAUUUUGUAUGGUACGUGGAUGGGAUUGGGUGAGAGCGGCGCUAGGAUUGGUUGAAACGACGCUAGGAAUGGGUAUGAAGAGGUCUACUGUUUUAUAGGUUUAGCGCCUAAUUUAGAUACUAGAUAUAUUAUUAUCUAGAUGAUACUGAAUAAACAUUUUUUCUUUCUUUCUUUCUAAUUUAGUCAGAUCCUGAGGUAACGAGCGGCACCGGAGGCGUGACAUUGACAUACACUCGGCAUAAAAUAAAUAGCACCUCCCACAACAAGCACUUCUCAAACAUAUGCAUCCCCACUUUCCACCAUU